AUGAAGCUGGAUGUUGAGGUUGAUACCGAAAUCCGGAACAACCAGAACGCGCUGCUGCGUCGUGCCGAGCAGCAGACUCAAGAGAAGCAGGCACAACUGGAUGAAGCCAAUGCUCGAGUGAAGGCGCUGGAGGAUGAACUGGCACUGCUCUCGCUCACAAGCGGUUCGAAUGACUUUGCCUUGCGGGUCAAGGGGCUUCAGCAGGAGGUUUUCGCCAAGUGUGAGCAGCUCGUCCAGCAAGGCGAGAAACAUCUCCGCGUCGCCGAACUGCUUGACAAGACGAAGAGCGAGCUGGCUCAGCUUAGAGAGGAGGUGGGAGGAGUGCGUCGCACGCUGCUUCGCGGGAUUGGCUUGGAUCCGACGAUCGCCACCGGUAGUCAUGACUCGAGCGUCGAUGACAUGCUGUACCAGCACGUGAAGCUCGAGGAGCUGCUCGCUGGAGGUCCAAUGGCGUCUUCUUCGUCGUCUCUUGACCCCGCGACAGACGAAGGCGAGGCAUCGUCGUGCCAUUUACCCAACGUCGACAACUUCUCAGCCCUGGACGCUCUCGGCCUUGGUGGCGCUGGACGGUUGGAGCGUGAGAUGCGAGUGCUACGAAGCCGCAACAAGCGGCUGAUCGAACGCACUGAACGACUCGAAAGCGAGCUCGACACGGCUCAAGCUGGCCUGCGAGACCUGCAAAGCAUGCGAGAAAAAGUCGUGGAGAUGGUCGGUCGUGAGCGAGUCGAGAAGGAGCUGCGUGCCAAGAGCGAGCUGGCCAACAAGGAGCUGGGCGAGAAGGUCGCCGCUCUCUCGGAGCACGUGGAGAAGCUCAUGGUGCAUCUGAAGCACGAAGCGGCGGCCAAAACACGCGCAGUGGAAGCUCAACGUCGUGUGGACAAGGAGUUACUCGACGCAAAGGACAAGUUAGCCACUGCAACUCGCAAGCAUGUCGCUCAGGACGCAAAGGUGGCGGAGCUGGAGCAGGGCGCGCGAAUCCUGGAGGACCAGCUCCGUCUAAUGGACGAGAAGUUCAUCGACGUGCGCAACAAACUGGACUGGACGCGAUCAAACGCACGCAAAGAGAACAAACAGCUCUCGGCGGAGCUGUGCUCGCUGCGUAUGAAGUGGCAGAUGGCGAGCGACUCGGGCGUCCUCGCUGGGCUUCCCGACUGGGUCUCUGCUACAUCCGUGGCGAAGUUCUCCAAAAAGCCGCCGCUAGGAACCAGCAGCUCCGACUCGCGACUGCCAACGCCUAAAACCUCCAACAACGGUCUUUCGCCCGUGGUAGCAGCGGUGGUGCAGGACGCCUUAGCCAUUGGCAACGGCGCGCGUGUCAAGUUUGAGAUCCCGAAGUUGCCUCAGCCGGAGGCUGACGCGGGCACACCGUGGUCUGACGCCAAGUUGUCCGUACUUCAACGUCAAUUCCAAGACAAACGCCGAGGCUAA